UCACUUUUUAGAAUGAAUCAAAAACAGAUUAACAAAAAAUUCUGAAACCGUUGCUUAUUAAUACUAGUUCUUUUUUGUAAGUAAUAGAAUUAUGAUACAAAGUUUUGGCAAAGAAAACUUCUAGUUCUGCCUUAACAUCUAUAAAGAGCCCUCUUCAGUGAUGAGACCCACAUGCCCCAAAUUGCCUUCAUCUCUCAAACAAACACAAACACAAAGCCUAAACUCGUCACCAGACAAAAUAUGUCGACAGUCAGCUGUCUCUUUGAUCUCCCUGAACAGAUAUGCUAUGUGCAAUGCAGUUUCUGCACCACCAUUUUACUGGUAUGUGUUCCCUGCGGUAGCUUAUCCAUGGUGGUAACGGUGAGAUGUGGCCACUGCACAAGCCUUCUCUCUGUCAACAUGAUGAAAGCGUCAUUUCUCCCUCUUCAUCUUCUUGCUUCUCUUAGCCAUAAUGGUGAUGAGCCAAAAGAGCAAGAGGAUGCCAAGAAGGCCUUGAACAGGCUUAGCCCUUCCAUAAUGACUUCUUCUGACAAUGAAGAAGAGUCCAGUGUGAAUCACAUCGUUAACAAACCUCCAGAGAAGAGACAAAGAGCUCCAUCAGCUUAUAACAGUUUCAUCAAGGAAGAAAUCAGAAGGCUGAAGGCUGAAAAUCCAAACAUGGCUCACAAGGAAGCUUUCAGUACCGCUGCAAAAAAUUGGGCUCAAUUUCCUCCAAUUCACUACAAAGGAGAUAGAGAAAGCUGUGGUCAUCAGGAACAAGAGAAGGCAGCUUGGAACUCUAAUGCCAUCGACACUGAUCAGGUCUGUGUAAGUAGAAGCCAAUAAUUGCUUCCUCGAAAGAAAGACCCCAAGGCGUUCCAUGCGAGCAAAGACACCUAUACAUAUAUAUAUAUGAACGGGCUAUAUCUCUUUUAGGGUUAGGGUUGUAUUCAAAUCAUUUGCCUCUUGAGAUCGAUGCUCUUGGAAAUCAAAGAAAACGUCAGCUUUCA